AUGCAGGGCGACGGUCCGUCUGCUUUCAUGGCCGCUAGGCGUGCGAGAAGUACCAGUCUCUCGUACGAUCGUAGCGGUGGUAUUGGCAGCAAGGUCGGUGUCCCUUCGCCGCCGCUCGUCAACCCAGCACCACAGUACGUCGCCAUCUCAGCGGCUACACAGUUGAUAUCUGCGUCCUACGGUGUCAACCCUCUAGAACCAAAAGAAGGAAAGCCAGGAAACGCCAUAGUCACACCACCGUCUCUCGUGCUCGUCAACGGCUUCCUCGACCAUAUACUGUUCAACAUCCUGCUGGCAGCCAAGUCUACAAAGCUAUCAGCCAUCAGACCAGCUGUCUCCGAUGUGUUGAAGCCCAGGCUCGCCCGCGCAGUCGUCUCAGCCGCGGAUGAGGAGCUCAGUGAAUACAUGGGCACUAGUGAUGAGGAAGAAUUGGCUGAAUUCAGAGGCAACCAAGACCCCACAGGCCACUUUGAGCUCGAACGGUCGUGGAAGCUGACCCGCUUACGAUGCAUGGUAUAUGCGAGACUAGGUGAUAUGGAGGAGGACGACGAAGAGGAACACCUUCAGCGGGAAGGGCUAAACGAAACCAACGCCUGCGCAUACAGGUUCUCCAACCACGUCGGAAUCCUCACGCCGGCAGCAGCCAUAUUUCUCACCUCGAUCUUGGAAUAUAUCGCCGAGAACAUAUUGGUUAUUGCCGGAGAAAACGCGUUCUCCAGGCUUGGCUUCUCGGACGAGGACGACGAGAGGAAGUACCAGGGUGGAACGCUGAUAGUUGACGAUGUUGACGUCGAGAAGGUCGCCCUCAACCCAACGCUGGGCCGACUCUGGCGCACCUGGAGGAAGAACCUAAGACUCCCCAUGCUUUCGAGAACGCUAUCUCGAGAAUCCCUCGUACAGCGUGGCUGCACCUCGAGAACUAGCACCCGCAGCAGCAUUGGUACCGUCGACACCUUUGACGGAUUCCCCUUUGGCCGCAAAAUUGCUUCUGAUCAUCAUGUUUCAGAAAACACGGAAUCGGUUAACCCAGCGGAGAUUCCUCUACCACUUAAUGAGUAUGACAUUGAUGAAAUUGAGAUGCCCGGUUUCACCUCACAACUCGCUGUGGCGUUGCCUGCGCGCUCGAUGCGUCCGAGAAGUCUGUUCAUCUCUAGCUCUGAUAUCGGGUCCCCAGGAUCGACAAGGAGCAACUCGCCGCGAGUGAAGUCCUCUCCUCCUCGAUCAAACAGUAUUAAAAACACUCAUUCUCGCUCCAAAUCUCUCCCUCAAUCGAUGUAUGUCACGCCUAUCUUCCAUUCUCCUCCGCGAACCAAGCGUGCCGCUUCGUCCGCUGCAGAGUCUCGUGACGAGAUCCUCGAGAGCAUGCCCGAGGCAGAAGAACCUGAGAUAGAAAAGAAGAAGACGACCGGUGAAGAAGAACAACAGGCUGGUCCUGACUCUACUCCUGAAAUGGAUGGCCUUCAGACUCCCUCGCAUGACAGUGCCAGGAAAGUGAAUCGCCAUGAUUCAAUGGAGCCGGACGUCUCCCCUCCCAGCAGCGAAAUGGGCGAUUCCAGCAGCAUCAUCUCCUCGAUACAUACUGUACCAGAUGUCUCGCAGUCCCAUUCUACGAAAUCCGCAGAAUCCACAGCUGCGCCAGAGACAAGCGGCAGUUCUGCACGCAUCACUACUUGUGAUGACAUUGCAGACGGAAACCCAGCUUACUACUCUUCUUCGUCCCUUACUGACGACGAGCAACCAAGCUACAGGCCUGCUCGAUCCCGAAAGAUAUCUGGUCCACCACCUACCAGCAACCCAUUCGGAGAUGCCUCAUCCACUCAUGAAGAAAACAUCGUGGAAACAUCCUUCAUCUCACACUCCGCUCGUUCUCCCAGCCAGGGAUCUCGACUCACCCCGUUGACCGAAGUGACUGACAGCACACCCGUGCAAGAACGGCAUAGUUCCGUCCAAUCGCAACGACUUGCAGACCAAGUUUCUCUAUCCGGGGAAAGCGAACGCUCCGUCAACCCACGGAGCAGAGCAUGGCUCACAAAAAUUAAUACAAACUGUUCCACAAGACAGGCUCCUUCUGUAUCCCCUGGCUCAGAACGUGCCGCAGUCCAACGAGUGACACCUCCGCCAUGUAGCAUCUCUCGAGAUUCCAGCAAACUGCGCAGAUCAGGGAGUACAGACAGCCAACGUGACAAACGCCCCAUCACCUCUGGUUCUGGUGUCUCUCAAGGCUCAAGCAGGAUCAGGGGCCUAAGCAGUAGACAGCCAUCAGACCUAUCGGCCUCUGUGAGAGGGUCGUGUGAUGGUAGUGGAACCGGAUCAACAGCUCUCGAGGAUCUCCUGAAGAGUGAUGAGACGAUUCACUAUACCCUGACACCACGAAACAUGAGGGAGAUGGAGGAAGCCGGUUCGCCUCGAUGGGCAGCUACCAGACCUGACCUUACCGAUUCACUUGAUACAAGCUCAGUCAAAAGUGGCAAGCAUAGUCGCAGGAUUCUAUCACCCAAUCUACGAUCGCCCUCGAAAUCCCCUUCUCCGCAAUCCCCGCUUGCUCGAAACCCCCCUACCCCCCCGCCAAAGACUAAAGUGACAGCUCCACAGGCACGAGAUGCAAGGCCAGACAAUGCGUCUGUCAGAGAUUUCGCUAACUUCAUCCGUUCCACUGGGCCAGACCACGGGUUACACCCAGCUGCUGCUCGCCUUAAUACCAGCGUUCGCGCUGCAAGAUCCGUUCCAAGUUCACCCGCAACCAUAGGUUCACUUUCACCAAGUAUGCUUGCUCCUCCAAGGGCAUCGAGAGAAAGCACUCCUCGAGCAAACAAACCCCGUCUCGAAGCCCGUCCAGCAGUCUUUGCCAGAGAUAACAAGACUUCUGAGCUUAUUGACUUCAUCCGUGAAGGUCCCCCGGAUCCCCAUGCUCGCCGUCUGCAGCAGAAAGCUGUUGCCCCCUUCAGAGAUACCAUGGGUUCAGAUGAUUUCCGUUCAUUCAGCCCAACAAUUCGCAGCGAACAUGACACAAUUACUGGUGAAAACUCGAUACCCACACCUCCGAAACCACAGCCGUUCACCAUCAAUAUUCAAAAGGCUAAUGAGGCGAAGCGACAAAAGUCUAUGAAAACGCGCAUCAUGCGAAGUUCAACUCUGGACUCCACUACUGGAGCAUCAUCGCCUGUUCCAAGGCUUGUUGAUAUCCCCGCUAAAUAUAACCAGAUUGGCAGGCCACAGGCGUCUCUCACCUCUGGAUCAUUCGUUGCUACCAUCCAUGCAGACGAGCCAGAUAACCAAUGGCAUUCUGGCGGCAGGCUGCCAAAGAAUGUAGUAAAGGGUAUCGAAACCGACAGCCUAUACAGAUCCAACAAGGCUGAAACCGCGGCGUUGGCCGAUUUCUUGAAAAAUACCGCUCCUCCCUCACCCAGUGUAAGCUCCGUGCAUUCAUUGAAUGGAAUGAAGACCGGUUCUUCAGCUAGUUGGACAUUCAAGGCCUUCCUACGAAAGAAGAAACAGGUCGCUUAG